AUGAUCCGCGACAACGUUGAACAUCAAACGCUGGACCACUGGAUCAUAGGGGACAAAGAUGUGACCCAACAUGAGCCGUACUUAUCUCUCCAUCUCGGAGGGGAAAUUCCAGCCAAUACGAGCCAUCGGUUGCAAGCCUGUAGGCAGCGACUUCAGCGAAUCCAGCAACUGCCCGUUCGUAAGGUUUUGAGGACGACAGCGACACUUUCCUAUUACGACGGACGAGUCUGCCGAAAAGAGGAAGCACCCGGACGCAUCAGUCACAUUUCCGGCACGCAUUUGACACUGGCGGCGCAACCCACUUCCACUUCCACACUACCUGCCACCAUCACUGGCAACCACCACCGGCAACGCAACCACCACCACCACAACAAACUCGAGUCAAGCGGCUGGAUCGGUCUUGAUUCCCAGGUCAACCCAAGAAAGCAGAAGCAAUUGUUUGGGAUCCGCACUGUUGUCUCAGCCAGUCUGGAAGCGCCCGGCACUCGGAUUAGGUCGUUGCAGUGCGCAAGCAGCAAGACCGAAAUAUUGAAAGACACAUACAAGCUUGGCAAGGUUCUGCUUGAGGACUCGCAAAACAGUUGA